AUGUCGGAACAACAUAUUUCAUGGAGUGUGACUGGCCUGGUUUCUUCUACAAUCCCAUGGGUUGUACUUGGAGAUUUUAAUGCAACUCUGCUUUCCAAUGAAAAACGGGGUCCAGGAACCUUUAAUCUUGGCUCUGCUGCUGAAUUCCAGGCGAUGAUAGAUGCUUGUCUAAAUGUUAUGCAGCGUGUCUUGUUGAGUUCGGUAUCAGAUCAUGUUCCAUUGCUUGUAAUUUCUGAUAUUGUCCCAAAGCCGAAUAAUAUUCCAUUCAGAUUCCAUGGAUUUUGGAUGGAAAACGAAAAUUUUCUUCCAGUGGUUGAUGAGGCAUGGAAGGUGCAGUUAAUAGGUGACCCUAUAUAUGUUUUAUCUGAAAAGUUGAAGAGAGUCAAGGGGUUGUUAAAGGUAUGGGCACGUGAUUCCUUUCUAAAUCUAAAUAUGGAGUUAGAGCAGGCAACGAAGGAUUUAAAAACGAUCCAAGACUCAAUUAAAGAAUCAGGUAUAAUUGAUGAUCUUUUUAAUAAAGAGGCUGAUGCAAAAAUAGCCUUAUUGACUGCAAGUUGUAGACACGAGGCUCUAUGUUCUGGAAAGGCGAAGCUGAGGUGGAUGAAAAAUGGGGACUACAACUCCAAGCUCUUUCAUCUCUCUGUGAAGCUGAGGAGGGCGAAAAAUAAAAUUUCUUCUUUAAAGAGGGAGGAUGGAUCUUGGGCUUUAGAUCAAAGGGGAACUGCUGAGUAUAUUGCUUCUUUCUUCGAGAAGUUUUAUAAACCAACCAGUUUUAUAGAGCAUCAUGAUCUUCUAGAUUGUAUUCCCAAAAUUCUGUCCAAUGAAGACUUGGUUAGUCUAAAAGCGAUUCCUGGCAGAGAAGAAAUCAAACAAGCAGUGUGGGAUAUUGAUCCUGAUAGUUCUCCUGGUCCUGAUGGAUUCCUAGGAAAAUUCUUCAGGAAAUGUUGGGAGAUAGUGGAGACGGACUUUGAUGAGCAGGGUGCAUUCCAGAAGGGUAAGAUCAUUUCUUCCAACAUUAGUCUGGUCUCAGAGUUGGCAAAUUUAUGCAUUCCACUAUGA